AUGAAGCACAAAACUCUGUGCUUUGGAUUCUUUUUUAUAUUCCUUGCUUAUUAUAUUUAUAUACCCAUACCAGAAAACAUUGAAGAACCAUGGAAAGUGAGAAUCAUAGAUGCUGGCAUGAAAAUAUCAUCACUUACGGCCACAUGGUUGGAAAAUAUGGGUCUUAUGAAAUUUGAAGAGUUUUUUGGCAUAUUAAUGGGAAUCCAAGAUACAAAGGCAGUUUCAGAUGAAAACAUUACAGUGAUUGACACAGACUUCAAUGAUAUCCCUGUUCGUCUGUAUUUACCCAAAAGGGAGUCUGAAAGAAAGAGACCAGCUGUGAUUCACAUUCAUGGUGGUGCCUUUAUAUUGGGAAGCUUCAAGAUGCUGCCUUAUGAUUCCAUGAACCGAUGGACAGCCAACAAACUUGAUGCUGUUGUUAUUGCUCCAGACUACAGACUUGCUCCUCAGUACCUAUUCCCAGCUGCCCUAGAAGACUGUGUUUUGGUGACCAAAUUCUUUCUCCAGGAUAAAGUUCUUGCAAAAUACAGAGUGGAUCCCACUCGCAUCUGCAUUUCAGGAGACAGUUCUGGGGGUACCUUGGCAGCAACAGUGACUCAACUGCUACAGGAUGACCCAGAAUACAAAAACAAAAUUAAAGCACAAACCUUGCUAUAUCCUGGACUACAGGCACUUGAUACCUUAAUGCCAUCUUUUCGAGAAUAUGAACAUGGUCCCUUUUUGACAAGGAAGGUAGCAAUUAAGAUGACAUGUCUAUAUUUAUCAGAAGAUAAAGAAUUGCCCAAGACAAUACUGAGAAAUGCUCAUGUGCCUAAGGAGUCAAGACACCUAUUCAAGUUUGUUAACUGGAGUGACUUCCUUCCUGAGAAGUACAAAAAGAACCAUGUUUACACUGAACCAGUUCUUGGAAAACUUAGUGCAUCCCAUCCAGGACUUGUGGAUAGCAGAGUAUCACCUUUGUUGGUCAAUGAUUCCCAGUUACAAAAAUUGCCAUUAACUUAUAUCCUCACAUGUGAGCAUGACAUCCUAAGAGAUGAUGGACUUAUUUACGUCACACGACUCAGAAAUGUUGGAGUUACUUUCACCCAUGACCACAUAGAGGAUGGAAUCCAUGGAGCCGUAUCAUUCGCCACAGCGCCAUUUCAUUUACAAUUAGGCCAGAGAUUAAUAGAUAAGUAUAUAAUUUGGUUAAAAGAAAAUCUGUGAUGGUACAUGUAGCUAGUUGGUCUUUUGGUUAGCAAUGUAACCUAAAGCAUU